GCGAAUGCUCUCUUCCAUCUAACUACUUCCUCCCUUAAAAUCACCUUAAACUAAACCCUAAGCCAAAUUCGCUCAUUCCCUUUCGACCAAAUCAACCCGAAGCUAAGGUACUUAGCCAUGCCGCUGCGGUGUUCUCUUUUGUUGGGUUUUGUGUUGGGCAUGGCGGUUAUUGUAUUAGCUCAGCCGCCGUCUAUAUAUGAAGUGCUGAGCGCCAACGGGUUGCCCAUGGGGCUGAUCCCCAGGGGGGUCACGGACUACACUCUCGACGAUUAUGGGCGGUUCGAGGUGCAUUUAGGGCAGGCCUGCAACGCGAAGUUCGAGGACGAAAUCCACUUUGACAUGAACGUUUCGGGGGUUCUGAGGUACGGGCAGAUGGAGGAGGUGGACGGGAUUGCGGCGCAGGAUUUGUUCUUGUGGUUCCCUGUUAAGGGAAUCCGGGUGGAUGUGCCCAGUUCUGGGCUGGUUUACUUCGAUGUGGGAGUCGUGUCUAAGGAGUUUUCUUUCUCAUCUUUUGACACUCCUAGAGAGUGUACUGCUAUUGUUCACCCCGAACAUAUUCUCCCCAUUCGAGUCCCCGAUCAUCAUGAUGAUGCCCCUCUUCUUUUGCUUGAUUCUUAGAGUCGUCUAUAUAUGCGGGGCCAAUAGAAGCUCGAUCAAGAUCAGAAGGAUAUUACAACUAACAUGCAGGCCGGGCUGUUUUGUUUUGUAGUAGAAUGAAUUGAAUAUACAUGCUGUGAUGCAUCAUAGCUAGCUAGCUAAACCGAAUUCAUCAUAAACUUUUUAUCGGAUAUUGUGGGCGUCAUUUUGUCAGAUUCUUUAAACUUUAUUGUUUUUUUUUUAUAUGGAAAAAACAAAAUUAAAAGUCAUGGACUUUAAGGUAUUCCUUGUACAUAUACACACAUGUGCAGCUAUCACGGUCUAGUUUAGCUGCUCCAUGUGCUUCAUUUCAUUGCGCUUGCUUUGCUUGCAGUGUUGUGUAUAGUGUGGGUCUCUAAACUGUCACAUACAUUGUCCACUCUACACCACAUAAUAUGAAGGAAAGAUGGAAUGAUCACCCAAUCAAGUGGCUAAGGAUACAAGCUUGUAGUCCGUAAGGACAGCGCAGGUGGUAAGAGUGCUUUACCUACCGUCGAGAGGUUGGAGGUCCGAUCCUCAAACCCUUGGUUUUGAGCCGAUCAGCUAUGGGUAACCUAGGCUGGUUUACUUCCGUGUGGUCCUUUGCCGGCUAGGGUCACAGGGCGAGGAGAAAACCUCGUUAAAAGAAGGAUACAAGCUUGUAAUCGCAAGGUCACAAGUUUGAAACUCAACUCUCUUGGUUUGAGCCGGCCAGCUAUGGACAACCUAGGCUGGUUUACUUUUUUGGGGUUCUUUAUCCGCUAGGGUUAUAAGGAGGGAUUUAUCGGUGCAUGCUCUCUAAUAGAAUGAUGCAUGCAUUGUCGUGGCCAUACGCCCAUACAGUGAAUUUUGGGGAAAGGGUGUUGGAUUUUUUGGUUUAUAAUAAGGAUCCAACGUCGCUGUUAAUGAAUUCUCAUUUUUUUAGUUUAGGAAAA